GAUUUCAGGUGUUAGUGAAUCAUGGCAGCGACAACAUGUCGACUCGUAAUUCUGGCGGUGUCGAUAGUUUUGACUACCUGUCAAACACAAGACACAAACUAUGUGAUUGGGGCAGGGAUUGCUGACAUUACAGGUCCAGCAGCCGGAAUUAAUAUGAUGGGAUAUGCUAAUCCUGGACAGAUAUCUAGUGGAUUACACCUGAGGCAGUAUUCCAGAGCCUUUAUUGUGACUGAUAAGAGCACCAGUAGUAGCCCUGUUGUUUUCAUCAGUACAGAUUCAUGCAUGCAGUCACAGAACCUCAAGCUGGAGGUGAUAAGGAAACUGAAAGCCAAGUAUGGAAGUCUUUACACAGAAAGGAAUGUUUGUAUCAGUGGUACAAACACUCACUCCGGACCUGGUGGAUUCCAUCAGUACCUUUUCUAUGAUAUCACUUCUCUUGGAUUUGUCAACGAAACACUUCAGGCUUAUGUUGAUGGAAUCGUGAAGAGUGUAGAUAGAGCACACUUGGCUAGGAAACCAGGAAAUAUCUACGUCAACACUGGAGAACUAUUGGAAAGCAAUAUCAACAGAAGUCCAGCUGCUUAUAUCAGAAACCCCCCAGAGGAAAGGGCAAGAUACGAGUACAAUGUUGAUAAGAACAUGACAGUUCUGAAGAUGGUAGACGCUGAAGGCAAAGAUAUUGGAAUGAUCAGCUGGUUUGCCGUUCACUGUACCAGUAUGAACAAUACCAAUGGAUUAGUAAGCAGUGACAACAAGGGCUAUGCCUCUCAGCUAAUGGAGAAGAAUUUCACCAACUCAGACUUCCCAGGCAAUGGUAAAUUUGUAGCAGCCUUUGCCCAAGCUAAUGAAGGAGAUGUGUCCCCCAACACUGCUGGACCAAAAUGUCUGGACACAGGGAAACCUUGUGAUGUUCCUACUAGUACUUGUAAUGGCCGGAAUGAACAAUGUGUCGCCUUUGGACCUGGGAAGGAUAUGUUUGAAAGUACAAAGAUAAUAGGAGAGAACCAGUACAAAAAAGCCAUGGAUCUCUAUCAUACAGCCACUAUACAGUUGUCUGGACCAGUCGACUUCAGGCACUCCUAUGUUGACAUGACAGAUGUUAUAGUUCAAGUGAAUGCCACAACCAAGGUGAAGACUUGUAAAACUGCUAUGGGAUAUAGUUUUGCUGCAGGAACAACAGAUGGGCCAGGUGCAUUUAAUUUCGACCAUAUGAAAGGUGACACAACUGGAAAUCCUUUCUGGAAUACUAUCGUAAAUUAUAUAUCAGCGCCUUCCGGGGAGCAAGUGACAUGCCAUCACCCAAAGCCAAUCUUAUUGGAUACAGGAGAGAUCAGCUUUCCCUAUGCCUGGCAGCCAUCAAUUGUUGAUGUACAGAUUCUGAGGAUCGGACAGUUGGCCAUUCUAGCUGUUCCUGCUGAAUUUACAACUAUGUCUGGAAGGAGAACUAGAAAUGCUGUUACAGAAGCUCUAAUGAAAGGGGGACUACCCGCCAAUACAGUAUCUGUAAUCGCUGGUCUGUCCAAUGAUUAUGCUGAUUAUGUUACCACUUAUGAGGAGUAUCAGCAACAAAGAUACGAGGGUGGAUCCACUAUAUAUGGACCACACACAUUGGAGGCCUUCAUACAGGAGCUUGUGGUACUAGCCAAUGACAUGACAAAGGGAGUGCCGUCGUCCCCAGGACCAAAUCCUCCUGAUUUGAUCAGUAAAGAGUGGGGAUUUGUACCUCCAGUUGUAUUUGAUGCAGCACCACAGGGAUUUGGAGCUCUGCUAUCUAAGCUGCUACCUUCCUAUAAACAAGGCACCAGAGUUCAGGCUAAAUUUGCAGCAGCACAUCCUCGGAACAACAGACGGGCUGAAGGGACAUUCCUCACAGUAGAACAUCUAGUGUCUACAGACAACUGGGAGGUGGUUUACAAGGACAGUCAGUGGUGUACUCAGUUCCACUGGGCACGGACUAGCACCAUCAUGGGGGAGAGUGAGGCUACCAUUAUAUGGGAUAUCCCUGCUGAUCAGGCUCCCGGUACCUACAGGCUGCAGUACUUUGGGGAUUCCAAAAGCCUGUUUGGAGAAAUCACCCCAUUCUCAGGGAAAACACCAUCCUUCCUUGUUACAGCUUGAUAUUAUGAUCUGAAUUGAAUGUUUUGUUACCAAACAUAUUGUGUGAUUAUGUUGAUAGCCUUUGUUUUCAAUGGUUAUGUUUCGAAUUAUUUCCUUAAUUUAUAUAGAAUUAUAUGAUGCAUUUAUAUAGAUUUAUAUGAUGAGAGAAAUGAGUUGUUUUACAGCAAUGAAGAUUGGCAAUAAAUUGGCAAACUAUAUCAUUGAAAUUUUCAUAAAUAUGAUAGAUUGUUCUGGAAUGUUACAGCAAUAUCAUAAAUAUAUUACUCUAACAAAUCUAUUACAAAAUCUGAAUAUCCAUAUGACUAUAGAUACAAUGAACCUGUGUAUGGGAUGCUGUGGGUUGGGGUGAUGUAUGUCGUGUUGAGUUAGCUGACUAAAUUUGGGGUGAUAUAUGUCGUGUUGAGUUAGCUGACUUAAUUUGGGGUGAUAUAUGUCGUGUUGAGUUAGCUGACUUAUGGGAUGAUAUAUGUCGUGUUGAGUUAGCUGACAUUUGGGGUGAUAUAUGUCGUGUUGAGUUAGCUGACAUUUGGGGUGAUAUAUGUCGUGUUGAGUUAGCUGACAUUUGGGGUGAUAUAUGUCGUGUUGAGUUAGCUGACAUUUGGGGUGAUAUAUGUCGUGUUGAGUUAGCUGACAUUUGGGGUGAUAUAUGUCGUGUUGAGUUAGCUGACAUUUGGGGUGAUAUAUGUCGUGUUGAGUUAGCUGACUUAUGGGGUGAUAUAUGUCGUGUUGAGUUAGCUGACUUAUGGGGUGAUAUAUGUCGUGUUGAGUUAGCUGACUUAUGGGUAAAAACAUGUCUUGCUGUAACAUUUUUUUUGGAUACAUAUUAUGUCAUGUAACUGAUUUUGGGGUGACAUUUUUGUGUUGUAACUGACUUUUGGGUGACAUUUUUGUGUUGUAACUGAUUUUGGGGUGACAUACUUUGUGUUGUAACUGACUUUAGGGUGACAUACUUUGUGCUGUAUUUGACUUUCGGGGGACAUACUUUGUGCUGUAACUGACGUUUUGCCAGGGAGGACUCAUUUAGGGGGGAUAGACUGACUUUCGGUGAUAUAGCAUGUGCUGUAAUUGACUUUGGGUUUGUAAUCAUUUUUUUUUUUGACUGAUUUGGGGGCGAUAAUUGUUUUUGUGUUGAUGACUUUGGGAUGAUAAUUGUCUUGUGCUGACAUUUUAACUCUCCUCUGCUGACUGACAUGAUCUGAGCUACAUAUGUGUUCAUUGUUAAGGGUAGAUAUAUACGAAAGGCAGAAACCAGCUAAUUGUGAAUGAACAGCAGACAGAAACCAGCUGAUUGUGAUCCUUAAUUCAUGUGCCAAAGAAUGAUGUUAAUCAGGUAACAUUUCUCAAGUAUGACCUACAUUCCAACUCAUUGCUGUAGAUGAUUUUGAUAAUUUUUUAUGUAAAUCCAGAAAUAAAACAAAAAAAUUGAC